UUCUCAGGAAGUCCCCAGAUUGCCAGCCAGCAGCUGGGAGGGACGUCGGGAAGCACAUCUUGUUUCUUCUGCUCUUCCCGCCCUUCCUCACAGCAAGAGGAGCCCAGRCCAUCGCUGCUGAUCCCAAGGGAAUCGGGAAGUGCUGGUGGAAGGUGCUGUGGGCAACUGUGGUUGAUGGUCCCUGUGUCAGCAGCAUUCUGGGGAGAAGAUGGCUCAGCCAGCACCCCUGAACCAGAACCUCCCAGAUCUUGGGGGCCCAUUCUUGUACCGGGACCAGGACGAUGGAGAGAAGAGCUCGUAUUCAGUGGAAACCCCCUAUGGCUUCCUACUGGACCUUGAUUUCCUGAAAUAUGUUGAUGACAUUGAAAGUGGCCAAACACUCAAGAAAGUGCCACUGCCUCGCAGGGUGAAAGGGUCCCGGCCAUCAGCCAGCACCCUCCGCAGCCCCAGCAGCCACACCAGCGCCUGGACCUCCACSGAGUCCCUCACCUCCAUGGCCAGCGAGGAUGGCAGGACUGCCUUGCUGCUGUCCCCGCACGCUCGGGCACCCCCGGAGCCUGCGAGCAAGCCAACCUCCCACCCCAUCUCACCAGUGCGGCUGCUCCCACCCCCCACCCGCAAGUGCUGCGUGCGAAAUCCACGGGUGGAGAAGACCUUGCUGGAGACGAGCAGGAGGCUGGAGCAGGAGCAGGGCCAUUUGCGGGAUAUUGGCGGUCCCUCCCGCGGUGGCCAGCUGGGCACCCUGAGCCAGCCACCCCACUGGAUGCCAGUGGGCACCGAGGGCCAGGCGGGCUGGGGCCGGGUGAGCCCUGGCAGCUCGGGGCGCAGCACUCCGGCCGCGGGGCUUGGCACGGCCCCCCUGCAGCACGUCCGGGAGCAGAUGGCUGCAGCCCUGCGGCAGCUCCGGGACCUGGAGGAGCAGGUGAAAACCAUCCCCCAGCUGGAGAUGCAGAUCUGUGAGUUGAAGAAAGAGAAGGCAAAGCUGCUGGAGAAGCUGUCGGCAGAGCCUGGCGAGGAAUUGUACCACCCCCCGAGCUCUGAGGCAGGGGCGGGCAGUGAGGAGCUGCCCCGAACGGAGCUGGAGAGUGAAGCUGAGCCAGCAAAGGGGCGAACGAGCAAAAUUGCCGAGCUGAGGAAGCUGACAGAGAAGCUGGCUGUGCCAGAGCGGGGUGUCAGGGCUUGGCCAGGCAGGAGCCCCAGGGUGGCUGAGAGGCCGUGCCGCUCCGUGGCGGUGGGUGAGGACCGGGCCAUGACAGAUGCUGUCUUCUACUACCAGUCACAGCAAGAGAGCGGGGACACGCCCGACGGCGGCACACGGGGACGCAGGGACGUGGCUGUCUGGGURCUGGAGUCCUCGCUGGGGCUGGCCACUGAGGCAGAGCGGGAGCUGGAGCUGCUCCAGCAGACAGUGGGGCACCAGAAGGAGGUGAUCGCCCUGAUGGAGGGGCACCUGCAGGAGGCCACGCGGGAACUGGAGGAGCUGCGGCUGGAGGUGUGCGCCCGCCGGUCCCAGGGCCAGGCGGACAAAGAGGUGAUGGCCAAGCCGCAGGUGGCCGAGGCGCUGGUGGAGGCUGUGGUGGUGACACAGAGCCGGGCAGCUGGCGACCCCCCAGAGACGGCGGAGGCAGGCGUGGAGUGCUGCCCCCCGACCUCCUGCGUUGCCGUGGGSUGCCACCCUGACAGGCGGGACGUGGCGGUCGGACCCGAUUCGGCUGCCGGCUGCARUGACAAGGGCAGCCAGACCGAUGUGGGCAGCAUUAUCCUGGCAGAAGAGGAGGAGCCUGGUGUGGGCAAGGUGAUGGAGCCUGGCCUGGGWGAUGGCCUGAGCAGCCCCUCAGUGCCAGGCACAGGAGCAACAGAGGUGAUGUGCCCAGAGAGCCCAGCCCUUGGGCCAGYUGUGCUGGAGACAGCACACAGCAACCGGGAGCCAUCCCCAGCACCGGGCAGUGGAGCUGCCCCAAGCCCCGCGGCUGGAGCCCUGAAGUCCAUCAUGAAGAAGCGGGAUGGUCCUCCCCGGAGCGAGGCAGAGAGCAGCAAGAAGAGCCUGCAGUUUGUGGGCGUGCUCAACGGGGAGUAUGAGAGCACAUCCAGUGAGGAGGAGGAGGAAGGCAACAGCUCCUCUGAGAAGGCUUCGGCUGACAGCUCCGACAGUUCAGAGCAGGGAGACACCGAAACCUCAGAGGAAGAGGCUGGGGAAGGCACGUGUGAACCCAGACUGGAGUGCAACAGGACCGAUGUGACCCUGCUGGAGCCCCCYGAGGUGAAGGAAAAGUUCGAGCUGAGCCCCAGGAUGAGGGAAGCCUGCCUCAUUGUCAAGACUCACCUGGGCCACCCUGGUGCUGCCAAGAGCAAAGAGGUGCUCACCAGCAGCAGCCUGGUCCUUCAGGAGUGGUUCCGUCUGUCCAGCCAAAAGUCGUCCGUCCCUGACACAGUGGCCAACCACCUCCUGGCCUUUGCCGAGGUCUCCCCGGCUCUCCUGGCCCACGUGGUGAACCUGGCAGAUGGGAAUGGCAACACGGCCCUGCACUACAGUGUCUCCCACUCCAACUUCCACAUUGUGCGGCUGCUGCUGGACACCGGGAUCUGUAAUGUGGACCACCAGAACAAAGCUGGGUACACCGCCCUCAUGCUGGCAGCGCUGGCGGCCGUCGAGCAGGAGGAGGACAUGAAUGUGGUCAGGAGGCUCUUCAGCAUGGGCAACGUCAAUGCCAAGGCCAGCCAGGCUGGCCAGACAGCACUGAUGUUGGCCGUCAGCCACGGCCGGCAGGAGAUGGUGGAAGCCCUGCUUGCCUGUGGGGCCGAUGUUAACCUGCAGGACGAGGAGGGCUCCACUGCACUCAUGUGUGCCUGUGAGCACGGCCGUGUGGAGACUGUGAAGCUGCUGCUGGCUCAGCCCACCUGCGACAUCUCCAUCGUGGACAGUGAUGGUAACAACGCUGUUGCCAUCGCRCUGGAGGCCGGUCACAGCGACAUUGCCACGCUCCUCUACGCCCACCCCAACGGCACCAAGGCACAGCCACCCAGGAUGUCACCGACAGCCACAAAGAGUCCUGGGAGUCCGAAGAAGCCAAAUUAGACUGACGUUGGAAUCCAGCCAGGGGCCACCAUCAGCACUGAGCUGAUUCACAUCCCCUCGCCUGCCAUCCCUCUGUACCAAACCGUUCUCUGCAGCUUUAGUCCCGACACAAGCACCGUCCCUGGGCCUCCCUCGCCUGUCUCCUCYGCUGCACAUAACUCACGUGUGGCCACCUCACUGCACCAAGUGACAGCAGCCAAGUGACCUCGGGAUGGGACACACAGGGAGCAGAAGCUCCCCCACCCCCUCUGCUCCCUCGAUCACUGGAGCUGUGCCYGCUCUGAGCCCUCUGCAUGGAGGAACAGCAGAGAACCAACGCAGCAGAAACAGCACCUGGUUUGUGCUCUGGCAGCUYUGAGAAGGCAGCAAUGCUAGUGACAUGGAGCUGGGAGGGCAAGUGACAGCUCCUGGCACCAGCAGGGACAUGGUGCUCCCCUGGCACAUCCUGUGCAGCAAUGGGAAAGGGAGYGCUGCCUUGGACAGGGGCUGGGACCAUUUCCAGACAUAAAUACUUGCCCUUCUUUGCCGGCAUUUCCUUUCCUGGCUGAAAUCUGAUUUUUUCCCCUCUUUUCUAGCAUGUGCACACAAAGCAAAAAAAAUUAUAUUGCUUGGCAAAAGGAUGAAGUUCAACAUAAAAUCACUCGGGAUUUAAUUUGCUCAAUGGGAGCAAAAGCUCUGAGCAGCUGGGGUUGCAGCCAAGUGACAAAAAGGGCUGAGGGCCAAGGGUGCCUUUGGGGACUUAGCCUGCCUAGCUGAUAACCCACAUGGAGAGCAGGUUCUUCUUCCAAGAAAGAGACCAAUUGCCUCCUAAAUAUUUCCCCAAUUAACCAGUCGCAUAGACUGUGCAGACAGCCAGAGCCCACAGCUGAGUCCCUCUCUGCCCAUUUUCCAUCCCAAAAGGGAGAGCAGCUGAAGACAGCGCCAGGAAAAACACAUGGGCCAGAACUCAGAGCACACAGGUAGGGCCUGCAGAAGGGAACAUGUAUGUCAGAGAACAUGAGUCUGUGCAAGUGUGUGAGACCAUGUGGGGUGGGAACAUAGUAAGGACAAGGACCAGGAGGAAAAAGAGUUUUGCAUAGGAAGGCAGCUCUGCUGUAAGCCCUUCACAAAGGUAAUGUGUUGCACCCCCCAUUCAUGCUCCUUGGCCCAGCCUCACCAUAGACCUGGUCUGUGCCRUUCACAACCCUCCCCAGAAACCUGCUCUCAGCUUUGCACUGGAAUUAAUACACAGCUCACUACCACUCCCUAAUAYACUACUCUGUUUACUGGUAUUUUAAUACUGAUGUUUAUUUUUAAGAUAUAAAUAAAAUUUAAAGUUAUUUUGAAAUAUUACAGUGACA